AUGGCGACGUUUGUGGGGACGACACCAGGGGGAACGACUCCCGCGGGAAUGACUUCGACGGGAACCACACCCGAGUCGGAGGUACGCAGUCUCUGCCCGGUACCCGCGACCCCCGAGCGCCCGACCUCUCUCGCGGGCCGAGGCUGUUCCCUCGGACGCGCCCCAUGCCCGAGUUGGGUGCUCGGCCCCGAGUGGGUGCGACGCCCAGGCGGCGCCGGCUCUCAGGGAGUGAAGGGGGCUCCCCAAGCCACCGACCCGCGCUCCCCUUGCCCUGUCGACCGACGCCCCUCCGUGCCCCCGGGUAAAGAUGCUGAAUUCCAGGAACAUGAAAAGAUUCUGUCUCCAGAUUUUCUUUCAGUUGCCCAGAUCACUGAAAUACUAGCAGAGGAUGUAGAUGGAGUUCAACAGAAACUAGAAAAGUUUUUGAAUUUCAAAAAUCUUCAAACCUGUUUAAAGGAAGCCAGUCUACUAGAUUAUUAUGUAUCUGGAUUUUUGUGGGCAAAAGGAAUGGACUUUUCUGUUAUUCAGUAUUCAAAAUUUAUGACUUUACUAGAUAUGCUACUUCAUAAUCUUAGAACACUGCAUAUGUCCUUAGAAGACAGCAUAAAAUGGCUUGGAGAAGUCAUGGCUGAAAUAGGACCAUCACACAAAAAUGAAAAAUGGAAUAUCUUUGAUGUGAAACAAGCCAAUGCUAUUGUUGAUUACUUGAAAAUCAGCUUAUUUCAACACUACAAGCUGUAUGAGUUUCUGUUCUUCUCUGCCAGGGAAGAAAUUGUGAUAGGAACUGAGCAACUGAUAGAAGUUGUGAAUCCUGCUGAUCACCCUUUCCCUGAUCCUCUAGAAGAAGGAAUCUCAUUUGAUGUUUACUCAGCAUUCAUAGAGCCACCUCCACCACUGGAUAUGGAAAUAAAGGGGUUGAAUCAAGAACAAGGCCCUGAAGAGUCCCAGCCAGAAGCCGAUACUUCAGAAACUGAUCUGUUAGUUGGUUUCACCAUUGAAGAGAUAAAAUCGGUGCUGGACCAAGUCACAGAUGACAUUUUAAUCAGCAUUCAGACUGAGAUAAACGAAAAGCUGCAAAUACAGGAAGAAGCCUUUAAUGCACGAAUAGAAAAAUUGAAAAAGGCCUGAGGACUCCAAACCAGGAGAGUGAUACUAAAACUUAACGAAACAAACAAAACC